AUGGAGACGCUCGUGAAUAAUGGGCUCAAUGUCAGAUCACUCUCAGAGAUCGCCAAGCAGAUCGUGGAUCUCCAAUUCAACUGUGUACGCUUGCCGUACAGCCUGGAUUCGCUGAAUCUCAGCGCUGCCGCCAUACCGGAUCCCGCAUCUCAGCUUUGCCACAAUCCAGAGCUCCAGGCGUCUACCCCGCUGCAGAUCUUUGACGCAACUGUGGAGGCGCUAACCGAUGCCGGCUUGCUCGUUGUGCUCAACAACCACGUGUCGAAGCGCGGCUGGUGCUGCGACACAUCUGAUGGCGAGGGCCUGUGGUACACCGAGGACUUUCCGGAAUCGGCGUGGCUGCACCACCUGGGGUUCCUGGCAGCCCGUUACAGGGGCAAUCCCAGAGUCGUUGGCUUCGACAUCCGGAAUGAGAUCCGAUCUACAGAUUCUGUGACGCCAACUUGGGGUUCUGGCGGCACGGAUUGGGCUUUGGCCGCUUCCAAAGGGAGCAGACAAGUCCUGGAUGCGAACCCAGACAUGCUACUUUUCAUCUCGGGCUUAGAGUACAGCAUGUUCCUCUGCGACGUGCCGCAGCACCCUCUUCACAUGGAGCCAGGAUUGAAGGGCCACAUCGUCUACACAACCCAUGAGUACGAUUGGUACAAGAAUUCCAUCCAGACCAUGUGCUUUGGCGACAUCGGAAGACCACAUAGCACAAUUUAA